AUGCGGAGCGGCGAGGAGCUGGACGGCUUCGAGGGCGAGGCCUCGAGCACCUCCAUGAUCUCGGGCGCCAGCAGCCCGUACCAGCCCACCACCGAGCCGGUGAGCCAGCGGCGCGGGCUGGCUGGCCUGCGCUGCGACCCCGACUACCUGCGCGGCGCGCUCGGCCGCCUCAAGGUCGCCCAAGUGAUUUUGGCCUUGAUUGCGUUCAUCUGCAUAGAGACCAUCAUGGAGUGCUCCCCAUGUGAAGGCCUCUACUUCUUUGAGUUCGUAAGCUGUAGCGCCUUUGUGGUGACUGGAGUCUUGCUGAUUAUGUUCAGUCUCAACCUUCAUAUGAGGAUCCCCCAGAUCAACUGGAACCUGACAGAUUUGGUCAACACUGGACUCAGCACUUUCUUUUUCUUUAUUGCUUCAAUUGUACUGGCUGCUUUAAACCACAAGACCGGAGCAGAAAUUGCUGCUGUGAUAUUUGGCUUCUUGGCAACUGCAGCGUAUGCGGUGAACACAUUCCUGGCAGUGCAGAAAUGGAGAGUCAGCGUCCGCCAGCAGAACACCAAUGACUAUAUCCGCGCCCGCACGGAGUCCAGGGACGUGGACAGUCGCCCCGAGAUCCAGCGCCUUGACACGUGAGGACCUCGUGAGUCCUCCUCCUGCCCUUCUGCACACCCAUCCUGUCAA